GACGCUAUUUUUUCUUUAGGGUCAUAGCCGAAGCAGUAAGGCUACUUCUGUGCGUUGGGUGCCCGAGGCUCACUGAAAUUCACAUUUGUGACAUCGCUUACUGGACAGGGGAGUUCGAAUGGAACACAUACAAACGGAUAGCUGACAGAAAGUGACAGGAAUCGGAACUCGUAUUCGCAUCGCUGCUUUGAUAUCGCGGGUCGUAUGCAGUUUGUUCGGCAUUUUUAUCAGAUGGUCGUGGAUUUUUAAACUUUCGAAAAAUCCACGUAAUAAAAAACGGAAUAAAACUGAACGGAUUUAUACUAUCUGAAGGUAAAAGACCGUCAGCACCAGUCUAAGCACGACAUUGUCUUUGCAGAGGCUGUGAGGAUCAUGGUGUUGGCCGUUGUGGAUAAGCUACACAGGCGGAGUGAUUAGUCAAUUGAUUAAGUGCUUGGGCUGUGAAAUAUCAGGGACUUACAAAGGUAAAAUCCGAGCCAUGGCAUCGAGCCUGACGAGCACGGGCAUCGUGUGGGCACUGCUUUCGUUCGUGUGCGCGGCGGCGUCCUGCGUAGGAUUCUUCAUGCCCUACUGGCUGCUGGGCUCGCAGAUGGACAAGCCGGUGUCCUUCGGAACCUUCCGGCGCUGCUCGUACCCGGUGCGGGACGAGGUGCGGCAGACCACGGUGAUGCUGGAGCAGUGCGGCCGCUACGCCACGUUCAUGGGCAUCCCCAGCCUUGAGUGGCGCAUCUGCACGGUGGUGACGGGUGUGGGCUGCGGCCUGCUGUUGCUGGUGGCACUCACUGCCCUCAUAGGCUGCUGCAUGUCUGACCUCAUCUCCCGCGCCAUCGGCCGUGCCGCUGGGGGCAUCCAGUUCGUCGGGGCUCUGCUGAUUGGAUCGGGGUGUGCUCUGUACCCGCUGGGAUGGGACAGCGAGGAGGUCCGACAGACCUGUGGAAACAGCUCGGAUCAGUUUGAGCUGGGCUCCUGUGAGAUUGGAUGGGCCUACUACUGCACAGGAGCAGGGGCACUGGCGGCCAUGUUGGUGUGCACCUGGCUGGCUUGUUUUGCUGGUAAGAAGCAGAAGCAAUACCCCUACUAGAGCAGGAACCAAAGUGGCCAUCACAAGGGCUAUGAUGACCACCUGGAGGACGGCCAUUUUGACCACCAAUGGACAGGCCUACAGGAGGUAUGCAGGUGGAGGAAGAGAGCGGGAACAGGAGGCACAGUGUCUGCAUUUUCCCAGCAUGCCUCUCUGGUUUUGAGUGACGACAGCACUCUGUCGACCUCCAGACCCUUUACACCAGGCCACAUCGUUACCGCAGCAACUGGACACUUCUGGCUCGCUCCUCUCAAACUGCUUCUUAAAGGACCAAUCUUUCUGUUCUGCUCUGACAUUAUUGGUCAAUACAUCAUUCAUUUUACAAUAAGGUCUGCUACCCUGGUCACUGACUUUUUGACAGCAGAACAUACAUGUUCUCAAGGACAAGAAAAAAACGAUUGAGGUCUUGCAGAAUAGUCUUGAUGUUUUAUUUGAUAUUGUGAUCAUUUUUAUUUAUAUACAGUAUUUUUCUUCUGACUUGUUACCACUAGACAUGCAACAACCUUUACUUGCAGUAAUAGCCAUCUGGUAAUUGCUAUUAUGAUGGGCCAAGAGCCUAUAUUGGAGAGGAACAUCAAUAUAUUGUAUGUUUUAGGCCAUUUCCCAUUUUGUGUAUGAUAAUGUGUGUUGUUAUUAUUAGCAAAUUAUUUUGUAUAAAACAGCAUAAGACAAUGAACAUUUUAUUUGACUGUGUGUUUGUAAAUACAUACUGUUCAUUCAAACCAUAUACACUCAUUGAGCACUUUAUUAGGUAGGCCUGUAC